AUGCAUAUCAAUCAAAGCAAAGUGGGUGAAUUUAUAAUUCUGGGAUUUCCUGGUUCUCUUAGUUUGCAAUAUUUUUGCUUCUUGCUCCUACUGUUAACAUAUCUGUUAACGCUUACAAGUAACUUUGUGAUCAUCAUUAUUACAUGGAUAGAAAGAAGUCUGCACACACCUAUGUAUUAUUAUCUUCGUAACCUCUCUUUUCUGGAAAUUUGUUAUGUUUCUGUAAUUGUGCCCAAGAUUCUCACCACUAUUACUCCACAUGGGAGAUAUAUUUCUUUCCCUAGUUGCAUAAUACAGAUGCUUUUUUUCUUCUUCUUGGGAUCCACAGAAUGUUUUUUAUUUGGUGUCAUGGCGUAUGACCGCUACUUAGCCAUCUGCAAACCACUGCGAUACACAACUCUGAUGAAUAAUAACAUGUGCUACAGUUUUAGUAUAGUCUCAGUCAUUGGAGGCUUUAUGACCACUUUCCCAAAUAUUAUCUUAAUCUCCCAACUUCCAUUUUGUGGGGGUCAUAUUAUUAACCAUUUCUUUUGUGACACUCCCCCCCUGCUUCAACUGUCUUGUGCAGACACAUACCUAAUUGAUAUAUUGGAUUUUGUGUGUGCUUCCCUAGUGUCAUUAUUUUCUUUCUCUGUGACACUGAUUUCCUAUUUAUAUAUUUUUGCAAAACUCCUACAUAUACCUAUUAACAAUAGAAGAAAAACCUUUUCUACUUGUUCCUCCCACCUAAUUGUUGUGUUUAUUUAUUAUAGUACUGUUAUAUUUAUGUAUGUUAGACCAAAAGUAAGCUUGACUUUUACUCUUAAUCGAGUAGUUGCAGUUUUUUACACUGUGAUAACACCUAUACUUAAUCCUCUAAUAUACUGUUUAAGAAAUAAAGAAGUGAAACUUUCCAUUCAAAAGCACCUGGGUACUUGGAAGAAUGUUUAUGUGAGAUAG